AUGGCCACAAUCACGCUGGAGCCCGCUGGGCAUUGGGACAUGGGAAAGGGGGGCGACAGCUCUGAUGAGGACAUGCCGCCGGCGCCAGCGGUCGGCGCUACCAUCGACAGCAAGGUCGCAAACGACGACGCCUCCACGGGCAUCGCGGCCGAGCAUCAGGACGGCGGCGCGAAGGAUGCGAGCUGCGCGCUAGCGCAGAACAAGCUGACGAGCAAGGCGAAGGCGAGCGUCGCGAGCAAGGGCGGCAAGG